GCCAGCCCUGCCGGGGCUCCCUGCCCCUCUGCAGGGCCGUGGCACCGCCCGGCUAACCUCCCUUACCCUCAUCUCUGCCCUAGCUCCUGGCUCAGUCUAUGCUAAAACCCCCGUACCCCGCAAAACCUCGGCAGCCUUUACUCCCCCCGGCAGCCUGCCUUCUCCAUGGGUAGCCCAGGCUCCCCAGCAGCAGGGAUUCCCUCAGCCGGCGCCCUGCGGCACGGUGAGGGCCGGCGACCCCGCUCCGCCCCCAGCCGCCGGUGGAGGACGGGCCAGCCCGCAGUCUCGGAGCUCCCCGGGGGAAGCGAGACCGCCUGCCUGCAGCACCUGGAGGGCGGCGGGGCGAUGGAGAAAGCCGUCGGUUCCCCCUCCCUUGGCGGCAGCUACCCGCAGAAAAACGCCGAGAUCCUCAGUAGCCAGUACGGCAUCAACCUGUUCCUGGCCGGGCUGCUGCUCACAUUCGCUUGGGCUGUGCAUGCUGUGGGCAUCAGCAAGAGCCACCUGCUCUCCUACCUCAUCACGCUGAUGCUCAUCCAGCUCCUGUGGAUGCUGUGGUACCUCUGCAGGAGCUGUACGCAGAGGAGGCUGAUCCGGGACAAGGACACGCACGCUGGAGCCCGCUGGCUGAAGUGUGGGAUUACAUUGUUUGCAGUGAUUACUUUAGUUCUGGACUCUUUUAAAAUUGGAUAUUAUAUUGAUUUUUCAAACUGUUUAUCACCAACUGAGGGCAUUUUUCCUGUUACACAUGCUGUGCACACCAUCUUACAGGUCUACUUUCUGUGGUGCCAUGCAAAGGAUAUUAUCCAGUCUUUCAAAACACUUGAAAGGAGGCAAAAAUGCAUAGCCCAGAAGUUAGAGAAGGAGGUAUCUGUGAAGAAAGACCUGCCACAGUUUGGAGUUAUCCAUUCUGUGUUCACAAAUUUGCUCCUGUGGACAAAUGGAGUGUUAACAGAGUCAAAACAUCAACUGAAUGAACAUAAGGAAAGACUAAUCACGCUUGGUUUUGGGAACAUAACAAUAGUUUUAGAUGAUCAUGCACCUCAAUGCAAUUGCACAACAACAACUCUCUGCUCUAUAUUUUCUCAAGGAAUAUAUUACCUGUAUCCCUUUAAUAUAGAGUACCACAUCCUAGCAUCCACAAUGCUCUAUGUCCUGUGGAAGAACAUCGGUCGCAAAGUUGAGCACCACCAGCAACACAAAACUCUAUUCAAAUUCCAUGGCAUAACUGCUGGAAUGAUUUUUGGACUAAUCAUUUUAAUUAGCACGAUAGCCGUAGUUGUAGUGUAUUUAAUUCAGAUUGGACGUUCGAAAAUCAAAAGCGAGUUGGCACUUACUAUGUUUUACUUGCAUGCUAUCUUUGUGCUGGCUCUCAUGUGCACAGCUGGAAUUGUUGCCCUUCUCAUCUACAGACUGGAAGACAGAUCAUUGGAUAAUUCAAAAAACCCUGCUCGAAAACUUGAUGCAGAGCUGCUGGUAGGCACAGCUGCAGGGUCCUGGCUCCUCUCCUGGGGCUCCAUCCUUGCCAUUAUCUGUGCUCAAGCGCAUCCAAAAUACACUUGGUAUAACUUGCCCUACUCCAUCCUGGUUAUUAUUGAGAAAUAUAUUCAGAACCUCUUCAUCAUUGAAUCCAUACACCGUGAGCAGGACAAGGUGAAUGAUGAUAUUAAAACUCUUCGAAUAGUGACUAUAUCUAGGGGAAAUACUUUAUCACUUACCCCCUCAUACAAAGAGAUUUACAAUGACAGAGCCACUCGUGACGAUGGGGAGGUACCCUGCUUGUUUAAAAGCAGCAUCUGUGGGAGAGAAAAUGGUGGUGGUGGAGCCAAGGAAGAAGCAAGUCAGGAAAAUAGUUUGGUCUUGCAUUCACGUUCAGAUUUCCCGUUUUGCAGUAGAAACUCAGUUACUAACCACAAGAGAAUUCUGAAGAACAUCGCUGCAUUUUUAUUCCUCUGCAACCUUUCGCUGUGGAUACCACCGGCUUUUGGGUGCCGCCCAGAAUAUGACAAUGGACUAGAAGAAAUAGUUUUUGGCUUUGAACCUUGGAUAAUUGUUGUGAACCUUGCAAUGCCUUUCUCUAUUUUCUAUCGGAUGCAUUCAGCUGCCUCACUCUUUGAGGUCAAUUGUAAGACAUAGAUCAUAUAGGGUCCCUCAGUGAACAAUUGAUUGAAUAAUUAAUUAAAUAAGUAGCAGCUGAAUGAGUGGAUGAAUGAAUGAGUGAACAUAGCAACAGCUGCUCAAUACAUGGAAGAUUCAAUAAUUCUUUUAAAAAGAAGGGACCGUAGCUAAUAGCAUGUAAUUAUUUUUUCCUUCCAUGUAUUUUGUUAUAUGUGUGGUGUUAUUGUAUAGGUACACUUUUCAGAAUCAUAUUAGUGUUAAUAUGGUUAACUCUAUGUAGCAAAGUUAAUUCAGUCUCAUUAAUCUUUGCUUUAAUCAUCUGGGAUUUCUCCUCUAUAUAAUUUGUAUUGCUUUGUUUUCAUUCACUGUG